GGAACCUUUGAUCAGCGGAGAACCUGGGAGAGACCUGAAUAUGGACUCCAUGACUAAUAGCACCCCUGAUUACUACGAUUAUAGCAACUGGACCGAUAACCCCAACAUACUGGUGGAUGACUAUUCCCAAACCCACAGGCUGCAUACUCCAGAUGUGAUCGCCCUGGUUAUCUUUGCAGUCGUCUUCCUGGUGGGAGUGCCAGGCAACGCCCUGGUGGUCUGUGUGACGGGGUCCGAGGUCAGGCGAACCAUCAAUGCCAUCUGGUUUCUCAACCUGGCGGUGGCUGACCUCCUCUCCUGCCUGGCGCUGCCCAUCUUGUUUGCAUCCAUUGUCCAGCAAAACCACUGGCCCUUCGGUGACGCUGCUUGUGGAAUCCUGCCCUCUCUCAUCCUGCUCAACAUGUUCGCCAGCAUCUUGCUCCUGGCCACCAUCAGCGCCGACCGCUUCCUGCUGGUGUUUAAUCCCAUCUGGUGCCAGAACUAUCGAGGGGCCUGCUUGGCCUGGGUGGCCUGCGGUGUGGCCUGGGCCUUGGCUUUGCUGCUGACCAUACCUUCCUUUGUGUUUCGUAAGGUCCAUGUGGAGCACUUCCCACCCAAGGUGAUGUGUGUGCUUGACUAUGGUAAGGACGGUUCAUAUACAGAGAGGGCCGUGGCCAUCAUCCGGCUGGUCGUGGGCUUCCUGGGGCCGCUGGCCACACUUACAGUCUGUUACACCAUCCUUCUGAUCCGGGCGUGGAGCCGCAGUGCCACCCGCUCCACCAAGACUCUCAAGGUGGUGGUGGCAGUGGUGACCAGCUUCUUUGUCUUCUGGCUGCCCUACCAGGUGACAGGGAUGUUGCUGGUUUUUUUCCACAAGACAAACUUCAAAUCCGUGUCCAGUUUGGAUGCCCUGUGUGUCUCCAUAGCUUAUAUCAACUGCUGUAUUAACCCCAUCAUCUACGUGGUCGCUGCCCAGGGCUUUCGUGCCCGGUUCCUCAAGUCCCUCCCCUCCAGGAUCCGGGAUGUGUUGGUCGAAGAGUCCGUGGGCAGGGAGAGCAAGUCCAACACGUUCUCCACGGUGGACACCCCGACCCUGAAGAGCCAGGCGGUGUAAGGGGAGGCCUCUCUGGCCACCAUCUUUCCGGCGCUCCACCAAACUUCCGGUCCAUUCACUUUGCUUAUUGGAUCUUGGCGAGGUGGGUGGCGGUUGAGUGAAUUCGCCUCCAUGCCUUCCAUCUUUCCCGGCCUUGUCCUUCCUCUUCCAGGCGAACCCUUCUCAUCACUCGUCAUUUCCAAGAUUAGCACGUCCUUCUAGGGACCCCCAAUCUUUCCAUCCAAGGCCCUUGGAAAACAAACAGCACCCAAUAUACCUGGAGUCCUUCCAUAGAACAACACGUUCGUGUGCAGAGAGUGUGAAUACGUUAGAUACAUAGAACUCAGACAAACAGAAACAUUCAAACCUUGAAGAAAAGAGUUCUAUAUUUAUUUUAUG